CAGUAGCGGUGCCCUCUGACCGACUGCCUGGUUUACUUAAUUACUAUGCAACGAUUUCUAAUGUCCAUUAAUAUUUUCCUGCACGUGUGCAAGCCAACACAUGGCACUUCCGUCAUUCAAUUGAAACCACACAGUUCCCAGCUGCCCGUACAGCGAUCAUUUCAUUUUACACACACGGUAUUGUAGUCGAAGAGGAAACAAAGUAUAAAGUGUUUGUUGUUAGUCCGUUUUAUAUUUUUAAUACACGUCUGAAGCCCAUUUAUGCUACUCCCCGAAAAGUGUUUUUACGGAUGCUUCAACGCACGCCCGUUAUUUUGUAUUGAAAGUUAAGUUCCCUUCCAAAAACGGCGAUCGAAGUACCCGUAGAUCGAGAACACCAGGGCUUUUUCGAUUGAAAGCAGCAAUUGGAAGCAGAUUUUGAUCGUGGAUAAACAGCGUUUAACCUUGAACCGGUAACGAUCAACCGGUGCUAUGGCUGAAGCGCAUUCAGCUGUUGCUUUUUCGUUUUCCAUCACCCACGAAGGAUGGGACAUCAACUACGAUCGCGAGGUUUUGGAUCUUGUGUGGCAGUCAGGUGUUCGAUCCUGGCGUAAACGUUUGGCUCGCUGGAGGACUGGCGUUCGGAACGGGGUGUACCCGGCGCAUCUGCAGAGCCUUUGGCUAGUGAUAGCAAUAGCAAUAGGAUUACAUUUUUCCCAGCGUCAUGUCCCGUUCGAUUUAGUGAAUAAAUGGCUAGCUGUGCUGCCAGGGGAUACACUACAGUGGCAGGUUGCAGCCUGUUCAUUAGCUGGAUUAGUUGUUUGGCUAUCGAUUUGCUACACUAUGCGCUACUCCCUAAAGCUUUUGCUUAUGUACAAGGGUUGGAUGUAUGAGAAGCGCGCACCUGGUAGCAGAACGUCCCUUCAGACCAGACUCUGGGGAUUGUGUGUGAAGGUGCUCGCUACCUGGAACAAGCCGGGUUUGUAUAGUUUCCAGGGCUCCCUUCCGCGACUGCCGCUGCCAAGUGUGAAGGAUACGAUGUCACGUUAUCUGCGCUCUGUUCGUCCGUUGCUCGACGAUGCCAACUACAACCGAAUGGAACGGUUAGCGAAAGAAUUCCAGCAGGGCAUCGCCACGAAACUGCAACGCUACCUGUUGCUGAAGAGCUGGUGGUCAACGAAUUACGUUUCCGAUUGGUGGGAAGAAUAUGUUUAUCUUCGUGGACGAGGUGCAUUAAUGGUGAACAGCAACUUCUACGGUAUCGAUGCCAUCUUUAUGCACCCAACUAAGGUACAGAGUGCCCGUGCCGCUAGUGUAAUGCAUCUGCUGCUACAAUUCCGUCGCACCGUUGAACGACAAGAACUUGAACCAAUUCUAGUACAGGGUUUAGUGCCACUUUGCUCCUGGCAGUACGAGCGUAUUUUCAACACGGUGCGUGCACCAGGCAUUGAAAGUGAUAAAAUUAUUCACUAUCAAGACUCGAAUCAUAUUGUGGUACUGUAUCGCGGUUGCUACUAUAAGGUCAUUAUCUAUCACAAUGGACGUUUGCUGCGACCUUGUGAGCUGCAGAUGCAGAUCGAACACAUCCUUCAGCAGCGGCAAGAGAAACCUCAGCCUGGUGAAGAGCUGCUGGCUUCUUUAACAGCCGGUGACCGCACGAAAUGGGCACAGAUCCGACAGACUGUGUUUGCGAAAGGAGCCAACAGGACAUCGUUGCAUACGGUAGAGAGUGCAGCGUUUGUGUUGUCGUUGGAUGAAAAACCAUUCGAGUUUGAUAUUGCGCAGCCGGAAAAAUUGGAUCAGUUUGGUCGUUAUUUGCUUCACGGCAAUGGCCAUGAUCGUUGGUUCGAUAAGAGUUUUACUGUUUGUGUAGGGAGCAAUGGAAGGAUUGGUUUCAACGCGGAACAUACAUGGGCUGAUGCAGCAGUCAUGUCACACAUUUGGGAAAUGUUGAUCAUGGGCGAAACAGAGCAGCGGGCUGAUGCACCUGUUAUGGCACAUGUUUGGGAAAAUAUUGUCGCUGAUGAAGCAACCAACAAACGAUAUGACGAGAACGGUAAUACUGUCGGAAUUCCUGAAUUUGAGCCACCAACACCCAAGCGCCUUGUGUGGGACUUGAACGAUAAAGUGGCGCUGGAAGCUAUCGACGAAGCACACCUGUCCGCACAGAAGCUUCUGAAUGAUGUUGAUCUGCGAAUUCUUGUACAUGAUGCAUACGGUAAAGGGUUGAUGAAGAAAUGCCGCCUUUCCCCAGAUGCUUUCAUACAGAUGGCGCUUCAAUUGGCAUACUAUCGUGAUGCUGGCAAAUUUUCCCUUACGUACGAAGCGUCUAUGACCCGCCUGUUCCGCGAAGGACGCACCGAAACCGUCCGUCCUUGCACAAUCGAAUCCGCCGCUUGGGUAAAGGCGAUGCUUGAUAACAGUGUUCCGGUUGAAGAGCGUGUGCGUCUGCUAAAUGCUGCUUGUGAUCGGCAUCAACUCGGCUAUCAGGACGCGAUGUGCGGCAAAGGUAUCGAUCGACAUCUGUUUUGCCUUUAUGUCGUGUCCAAGUACCUGGAAAUCGAUUCACCCUUCCUGCAGGAAGUGUUGAGUGAACCAUGGAGAUUAUCCACUAGUCAAACGCCGCAUGGCCAAACGGCCAAAAUGGAUUUGAAAAAACAUCCGAACUGCAUCAGCGCCGGUGGCGGCUUCGGUCCGGUCGCAGAUGACGGUUACGGCGUUUCGUACAUUGUCGCUGGCGAAGACCUUAUUUUCUUCCACAUUUCUUCGAAACGGUCAUGCGGUACAACGAGUUCGGAACGAUUUGCACAAGAGAUUUGCCGCGCCUUAUCGGACAUGAAGCAUCUUUUCGAAGAAUACCGCAGCUUCCAGAAGCAAAGUACCACGGACGGUUCCAAGACGCAAAAGAAGUAGGCGUUCGAUAGUGCAGGUUAAUGUUUGAUGGUAUUUUACGUCUCUGGUUAAUGGGGAUGAUAUUACAUCAUUCAGUCCUGUUCUAUGGCGCAGGCUAGGAGUAGCUUACGCGUUAAGGUGAAAUUGUUAACUAUAUUUUAAUAGAUACUGUGCAAUUUUAAUCUUUGAAGCACUUUUGUUUUUACUGGUGUCGUUUCUUGCACCAUUACAUAUCAUGAAUUGGACUAAUAUCGAAGGCAAUAACUUAAACAAACAAUUUCUCUAUGGUUUUCUUUACAUUUCUUUUAGUAAAAAAAGUUUUUGUCUAACUCAUAUUUGAAAAACAAAAAGCUGGUGUGUUGAUGCUCACUAGUUUCACAGCAAGUCGUUAAGUAUUUUUGGAUCAGGAUGAAGCGACUGAAUAGAUUUGUUAGAAGAAGCCCUUAAUCGGCUGAAUAGAUGCAAUCAACAAUGCAAUUUUUACUAAACAAAUGUAUAAUGAUGUAAAUCAAACAAUCGAACCACACCCACGCGAAGAAAACAACAUUAGUGUAAGAAGAUCAGUAGUUGUUUGUAUGUUUUGGUUUUGUUUUGUUUAUUUUUAGACACAUAAAUUUUUAGGAUAGAACGUUAUAAGAAAAUAAGAGAUUCGCAAUCGGAAAUAGCCAAUAAAACAGUACAUUUCAACUGUAGUAAAAUUUGUGUCGACGAACUUUAGAACCAUGAAAAGUGAGCCUGAUCAUAGAAAGUCAGGGAACAGAAGCUACUCAGUUUUAGUUGCAACUGUGCAUGAUUUUUCCACAAUAAAUAAUAUAUCCUUUAAACCAGAUAAA